ACUGCAUCAUAAUUACGUAACCUCCACGCCAGCAACUGUAAAAGUAUUCAGUAAUAUCCGCGACGCAAAGUGGAAACGCAAUAAACUGCUACGGUUUAAUACGUUUAUUCAACAAGUAACCUGCAGGAGAACAAACAUCAAGGGUUUCUUUGAAUCGGAUGCGGACACUCCGGAUCCUGCUAGAAGAUGCGGAGAAAAUUUGCUCCGGAUUCCUCUGCAGAGUGGAGGCACUACAGACCACGUGAGAGGACGAUGUUCAGCGACGGUCCCAGACAGACCGGCUCAUCUCUGCCCCGCUGCUGACAUGGACUCCUGGACACUGUGUUUUCUCCGCUACCCGCAAACCAACCCGGAGGGAGGGCGACGCUCUGUCUGAAUGUAAAACCCCUUGAACCGUUUUCACCGUCAUUGUUCUGUGUGGCGAUUUCUUCUCACCCUCGGCACAAGUUUGGACCAGUUGCGGUGCCAUGGCUUGGCCGUGCAUCAGCAGAGUGUGCUGCUUGGCUCGCUUCUGGAACCAGUUCGACAAAUCGGACCUCUCCAUCCCGCUCACCAUCCAGAACUACUCGGACAUCGCCGACCAGGAGGUGCGAUCGGUCACCAAACAGGUCUCUGCCUCGGAGCGCGCCCCCGGGAAUAACUACGCGACCCCGGAGCAGCGUGCCGGUGCCGCCGGCGCCCCUUACGCGCCCAAAGACGGCGCGGGGAGCCGAGGAUCUUUCAGGGCACGAAAGGAGCCCGGUUACAAGCCCCGGGAGGACUACCGGCCGCCGGGAGUGCCUUUCCCCAGCGACACCCAGUACAAAGAGGAUUUCAAGCCCUGGCCGAUUCCCAGGAAGGACAAUUUCCCGUGGAUCAGUAACGGGGGCAGCCGGGCAGACGGUGUCAGCGACAGCCAGGCGCAGCCGGGGGACAGAGAGGAGAGGGGCAGGGGUCAGAGGUCGGGACAUCAGCAAGUAGCGGAGGAGAGCAAAACCAGCUCGUACAGGCAGGAGUACAGGCCAUGGACGGGGGUCAGACCAGCCAAAAGUGCGAGGAAACAACCUACAGCUCAAUUGUCCAGCCCGGGGACAGAGGCCACCCAGGUCCCACGGGAGACCAGCUAUCAGGCUGCCUACAGUGGGGACGGCCCCAAGUCCAUAGGGCUGCAUCACGGGCUGAACGAUCUCUCAUCAGCUGCCUCCAGCAUACAAGCCGCGGCCGUCACCCAGCCCACCCCCACCGCCGUGCAAGCCGGCAGGUCAGCCGUCCCCUCCGGCCUCCAGCAGAGCGUCCCGAUCGAGAGGCCCGAGUUAGGAACACCAUUCAUGGGAGAGGAACAUCUGGUGCGGACCAAAUUCCCUCCGAACUCUUCUGCCGUCUUUCAAAGCGGGCCGAGGGUCUUCAACAUCUGACAGCUGCUCCGACUUCCAACCACAGUUUUAGGGGAUGAACAGGGGAAUGUUUUCGAGUCCAUUCCGCCACACUAUAAUCUAUGCAAGGGAAUGUUGUUGUGGGGCUGCAGUCAGUAUCCCAAGUAGAGAGGGUUACACGCCGUCCCGCCCCCGUUGCUAUGGAUAUGAAUAUGCAUGUAACUAAAGGCAAGAUAUUUUUUUGCAGAUAUAAAUGCACCAAAAAACGGCUGCUUUUUGAGUCUAUGUGUGGACGUGUGAGUGUUUGUGCACUUGUGACUUUUCCUUUAUUGUACAUGUUGAGUUUGCUCAAAUAGUGAGUGAAAUGUGUGGUCAAAUGAGUGAACCAGGACUACUACUGUAUUUGGCCCUUUGGUGUUCUGCUAGCAGUUAUUUAUUUCAUCAGUAUUCAAUUAGUUCACUAUUUUAUUAAAGAUUAUUAAAGUCCGGUCUGUAAUUUUGUAAAUUGUUAAAGAAAAUACAUGAAAUAUAUAAUGUAAGUGAAAUUGCAAUAAAAGCAUACUAGGUUCUUAA